ACAAUGUAGUGAUUUUCUUGUGGACCCACCAGUUGUUCAUUAUUCCUCUCUCUCUCCCAAUUCUCCACUUUCUGGUGUAUCCCGAGCAAAAGUGGCUUCUUCUGCUGGAUCAAUUGAAUUAGCAGUACAAAAAUGUACACUCACAAUGCUGUGGACACAUUCGAUAUGGGCUCGGCAGACAGCUCACUGUCAUCACUUAAUGAGAUUCCGAUGGAAAUGGACUUGACAUCUGCUGGACCCCCUAUUUCAGAUGAUGAAACAGAAGUGGAGACUAAAGAGAAAAAGUUAUUUGUGUAUGCAAAACGUAUCCUACCUCACGUUGGACUGGUUAUUUUGCUGUUCCUAUAUCUCAUUGCCGGCGCAUUUUUAUUUCGAUAUCUGGAGGCUCCGAAGGAACUUGAGACAAGAAAUCACGAACUCACUACAAUCCUUGGUCUUCGUGAUGAGUUUCAAGAUCAUAUAUGGAAUAUUACUCAGGAUUCUGACAAUCGAAUUUCUCGGGAAGCAUUUAACGCGAUAAAUCAGGAAUAUUUCGAGCAACUAGUGAAAAACAUGUUCCAAGCUUAUCGAAAUCAGUUUAUCACCGCAAAACAUUUGUUGAAUAAAACAAGAGAAGACGAGGUUCUCUGGACAUUUCCGAAUUCGAUGUUUUUCGCCGCCACGGUUAUUACGACAAUUGGUUAUGGAAACUUGGUUCCAAUCACUGUAACUGGCAGAGUAGCAUGCAUCAUUUUUGCACUGCUGGGCAUCCCACUUCUCCUUGUUACAAUUGCAGACAUUGGAAAAUUCCUCUCAGAGUUUCUAAGUUAUCUCUACAGGUCCUAUCGUGGUUUUAAAAGAAAGCUUCGUCGCCAGUCUAAAAAGAUCACGAGUCAAUAUCGAUCUCAAUCUCAAUCAAGAUCAAGCUCGGUUAUGGGAUCAUCGAAAGCUGGAUCCAUGAACUUACACGACAUUGACUCUGAUUCGGAAGAUUCCGCUGGAGAUGAACUUCGAAUACCUGUGUUCAUGGUAUUACUUGUUCUGCUAGCAUACACUGCUAUCGGAGGUUUUUUGUUUCAGUCCUGGGAACACCUGGAGUAUUUCGAAGCAUUCUACUUUUGUUUUAUCACGAUGGCAACUGUCGGGUUUGGAGACAUUGUGCCGAACGAGCAGGUUUAUGUGUUCUUCACAAUGGCUUAUAUUAUUUUUGGGUUGUCAUUAGCAACUAUGUGCAUUGAUCUUGCUGGUACUGAGUAUAUUCGGAAAAUUCACUACUUGGGUACAAAAAUGGAAGACGCAAAAGGAGCUGUGAUGACCGGGCUCCAAGCUGGAGAGCAUUUGUUGAAACAUACAGGAAUUGAAGUGAUUAAAACAGCUGGUGGAAAACUUGUCCAAGUACGAGGCGCAGUUCUCAGUUCGAAAGAAGCAAGAGAGUUGGGAAUGAGCUAUCUGCUGCAAUUCAACUAUCAGCAUAAAAAUGUGCUCUACGAGCCGUUAACUGGAAACUUGGCAAAAGUUGUGAAGGAAGCAAACAUUAAGAUUCUGCCAGACGACAUUACUGAAAAAGACGGGUAUAUUGUACAAAACAAGAGCUAUGAUCGCCCAGUGCUUGGCGAGCGAGGAUUUGUCCGGUUGAAUGGAAAUGCAAUAAAACGAAUAAUGAUUCCAUUGAGGAACCAGGCGAUUUGUGUACCGUACCUUAUACAGAAAGAAUCAGAUGUGUGAUAAUUUUUUCUGAAGGCAUGAUAAUUUGUUGAAAAACGGGUGUAUAAUAAAUGAGCAGAUUAAUAUU